UCCUCUGCAUUCGUACUUUUAAAGACCUUGGGAGCAUUCGCGCCGCACUCCUCUGGUCUCCUGCGGCAAAGGCGGGGGUAAAAGCAGGUCGGGAUGCCUGUCUGGAGACUGCUAGCUGUAGCUGUGCUGGGCGCCAUGUUUGGCUGAUUGUGUGUGCAGCUGAUUUGGCGAUUUUACCAGGCGGCGAGUUUGCGCCCAAAAACAAAAGUGGAGACGGCCCCCGCGCCUUUGGGUGUGGCGUGAUCUUUUAAAAACAGCGCACCUGAGGCCUUCCGUCAAAUAACGAGCUGUUGGAUUUUUUUUUUUGUCACGUCUUUGCUGUUGGCUCGGGAGAGCGCACAUCUCUGCUGUGUUUUUUCUGUGACGGGUUUUCCGAGCCGUUGCCUUGAGAAACCGCAUAGAACGGAACGGGCAGCGUGUGAGCCGCUGCUCUCUGCCUGCGAGCAGGAACUGUGCGCUCGCCGCCGACCGGUGGCGACUGCUCUCCCUUCACGAUUAAACGUGACCCAGGACUGUCCCAGUUCUCCCGCGACUGUGAAGAAGUACCGGUGUCUUCAUUGUUGCGUUCCUCUCCUUCUUUGUUUGUUGUGUGUGUGUGUGUCUGGGGCGAUGUGCUUCUGCAGUGAACAAAAGAGACAACUUUCCAACGUUUCUUUCAGGAACAGCGCUUCAGCUGUAAGCCGUCUGCAUGGUUCAUUUGUGUACAAUGUGCCUAAUAAAUAAAAUCUUAGGAAAAAUGUUAUUUCAUUCUCAGAAAGGCUCAAGUAAUACAUGUGGGCUUGGUUUUGUUAUUUCCAUGGAUGUAUUUGAAAGGUGUGCACCUUGUGCUUUCAUAGUGUCAGUGAUUGUUUUCCACCACAUCGUUUUCAACAGGUCCAUAAAUCGCUGGUUAUUCGCUAUUCACAGCGUUUCCUGUAGAAAAUAAUUCCAGUUCCCAUGAUCUAUUUUAUGCUUGGCUGUUCGUAUCUCCCCAGCUUACAGGAGUGAUUUAACAAUUACAGAAUACACCUCUUGUGUUCCCAGUAAAGCAGUAGGGAGGAUUUCUCUGUUUAAAUCACAUGAGGCACAGAAAUCCUGCAGGCCUGUGUGCUACAGGUAGAACAAAGACUUGGGCUGCAGCAGCUGGGAGCUGCCUGCAGUGUUAUAAUGCAGACAUGAGAAUUAGAAAUCGUUUUUCUCGCUCCUCUCGUCAAAAAGCCGCUGGUUUGUAGCGUGAGGGUCGUGCCAAGCCAGAGGUUUUCUCCCAAGAAAAACACGGUGCAAGAACAGGCCUUUGCAGAGUGUAGAGAGAGUCGCUAGCUCAGCCAACGUGGUUUUGGACUGUGGGAGGAAAGCAGAGCACCAAGACGUGGGAGGGGCAUUCAAACUCCACACAGAAGGUUCCACAGGCCAACCGGCCUCAACCCUGCGAUCCAAGAGCUGAAAGGUUGCGAUGCAUACCGCCACCCCUCUGCCUGCCUCACACAGUCGUUUUCUCAGGACGACUGGGGGACAGCAUGGCUCCCUCUUCCAGUGUCUCUGAGGGGCAGGCUGAGCUGCGUUGUUCUGAAUUCACCCGCAUGGGCUUGGUUUAGUACGGUGGAGAAUUCUUCAGCUUCGGAAUGGCGGAACUUUUCAUGGAAUGCGAGGAGGAGGAGCUGGAGCCGUGGCAGAGAAGGAUUCCGGAAGUAGUAGACGACGACGAUGACGACGACGAUGAGCCCAUUUUUGUCGGAGAGAUCACCAGCUCCAAAGCGUCCGCCAACUCCAGGCAGAAUAGUGCACCACAGAGGUUACCUGUAGAUAAUGGAACUCCCAACAGAUCGACAGCAUCUUACAAUACCGGUCCUGGCCCUACCUUUAAGGCUGCGAACCAGCACUACACGGCGCCCGCGUCUGCUCCGAGUGUCAUGGCUGUCUCGGCUAUUUACCAGCCCGUCUCGAGGUCUGCCGGAGCUUCUGCCACCUCCCAGCCAGCUCAGAGGCCUUCCCCAGCACCCUCGUCAGCACAGCCUGUGUGCCGGGGCAUCCCUGCCCCCAUAGUGCCUCAGGUAGCAGUCAGGCCCCUGUCUCCAGCUUCGCAGCCUGUCACCAGGUCUCUGCUCAUUCCUGUGACCACACAGCCCCUGGACCGAACCAUUCCGAUUGUGACCCAGCACGUCUCCCGCACUGUGACCGCAGUCACGGCCCAGCCGAUAAUUAUAAAUAAUCAGGGCUAUAUAAUGAGUUCGCCUCAGAUAUCCGGUAGCUCAACAUUGAUGCUGGGUAUUAAAGCAAGUUCAGGUGGGACGCAGUAUCCAAGUGGAACAUCUAUCGCUGUUCUUCCAGGGGUUUCUCCACAAGUAGGCAGACCUGUUCAGCAAAUCACUCAAGUGCAUCAGGUCACCCCCGUAAGAACGGUGUCGAACUUCAGCCAUCGACCUCAAGUUCAGGUUUCUUCCACCAUUCAGAGCAGCAUCCUCAGCCUCGCGCACGUGCAGAGCUCCUCCCAGCCCAGCUCUGCGAAACUGCAGCCCGUGCAGAUGACCACCACAAAGCUGCAGCCGAUCCAGUUGGCCUCUGCCCCGCUGCACUCCUCCCCAGUCAUAUGCGCACAGCAGCAGUCUGUCCCAGUGGUUUCCCCCCAACUGCAGCCAGCACCCCAGGGCACUAACAGAACAGGCAAUAGUACAAACCCCGCUGCAAAACGCUCUUCGGCGUCGGACGGGAACGGCAACGUUCCCAAAAAGGCCAAACUCGACGCAGGAACUCCUCCAAGUGCAUCUGGCAAUGUCAAGAAUGGGGCACCCUUUCUUAAAGCGUGUCCGAAAUGCAACAUUCAUUUUAACCUUCCUGAACCUCUGAGAAACCACAUGAGGUACUGCUGUUACGAGAUGAUGAAUGUGUACUUCCCCAUGACCUCCAAGCAAGAGACGCCAGCCACACCUGUCAAGUCUGCUGAUGCUGAGAAAGGGAAACUCAUUAUGCUGGUGAAUGAGUUCUACUAUGGAAAACAUGAGGGGGACUUCGGUCUCGGCCAGCAGGAGCAGAAGACUAACACAACCUUCAAGUGCUGCAGUUGCUUAAAAAUCCUCAAGAACAACAUAAGGUUCAUGAACCACAUGAAGCACCACUUGGAGCUCGAGAAGCAAAGCAACGAGAGCUGGGAAAACCACACCACCUGCCAGCACUGCUACCGCCAGUACUCCACUCCCUUCCAGCUGCAGUGCCACAUCGAAAGUGCCCACAGUCCGUACGAGUCAACUACCAAUUGUAAGAUAUGCGAAUUAGCGUUUGAAUCUGAGCAAGUGCUUUUACAACACAUGAAGGACAAUCACAAGCCGGGAGAAAUGCCCUACGUUUGCCAGGUCUGCAACUACAGGUCAUCCUUUUUUUCGGAAGUGGAGAAUCACUUCCGCUCUGUCCAUGAGAACACAAAGUAUCUCCUGUGUCCGUUUUGCCUUAAAGUGAUUAGAAGUGGGACCCCUUAUAUGCAGCAUUAUAUGAGGCACCAGAAAAAAGGGAUUCAUCGGUGUACGAAGUGCAGGUUGCAGUUUUUAACCUGCAAGGAGAAAAUGGAUCACAAAACUCAGCACCAUCGAACAUUCAGAAAACCCAGAUCCUUAGAAGGGCUUCCUCCUGGAACCAAGGUAGUUACUAUACGGGCUUCUUUGGCGUCAGGUGGCUCUCCUGCAUCUCCUAAUUCCAGCAGCAAGUCCAUCAUAAGCAUUAUUCCCAACAGCCCUAAUGCCAAACAGUCCCACAAAUCCCAGUCUAGCCAGGCAAGGUCCAGGUCCUCUUCCCAGAACAAGAAGCAGGAACGGCUGAACAAUUCAAAACUUUCAGGAAGAUGCACACUGGCUUUACGGAACUUGAGGAAUCACCUGGGAGUUCAGAAGUGUGUUGAGUGUUACACGGAAAUUAAGGACUUCCCUUCUCACUACCCAACAUUUGUGAAUUGCCACAUGUGCACGUACCGGACAAGCUGCACUAAAGCCUUUGCGAACCACAUGAUGAGGUUUCACACUGCUAGUUCCAGAGACAGAUUGCAAAAGCGCACCAGACCUCCAGGUAGUCUACGGGGGCUCACGCUAGUUUGCCUGAACUGCGACUUUCUAACGGACUCAUCUGGUGCCGACAGCAUGAGCAAGCACCUCACCGACAGGCAGAACCACACCUGUCAGGUCAUCGUCGAGCAAGAAACGGCUGAAAUUUGCACAGGUGAACGAAUCAAAACUGAGCCGCGGGACAGUCAUGCUGUUCAAGAGAGAGAGGAUUCUGAGGGAAGUAAAUGCACAGAUGAGUUAAAUAAAAGUCCGACCAGUCCUACACAUGUUGAACGGAAUGAGAGGGUCGACCCUCCAGAUCCUGGAGAGGCGAAGGAGGUUGCCGCUGGUGGGAAGGUGGUCUCGGAAAGCAGCGAUCGGGGAGCAGCUUUGAAAGGGGAGAGGGACUGCAGCUUGCCACACCGAGGCAGUGACGUGAAGACGGAGCCCUCCGCAAGUGACCCAGCACAGGACACGCCAGGCCCCCAGUACCAGACGUCGCAGGACAUCUUCAAAGAGGAGCCCGGAGCCAAGGCGCCUCCCAGCCCGUCCGCCAGCGAGGAGGAGGAGAAGCCGGACUCGGGGGGCAGCGUUCCCUUCGAGCAGUUCUUCAGGAAGGUGGACGAGCCCCAGUCGGUCAGCUCCGACGUGAGCGAGCAGGGCAGCAGUCACCUGGAAGCCCUGACGCCUUCCGAGGUUCUCGAGCACGAAGCCACCGAGAUCCUCCAGAAGGGCGGUGUCGCGCCCGCCGCCGCCAGAACCCCUCCCGCCAGUGACCACGCGGAGGACAGCGGCGACACCUCCGGCGCGGACCAACCACAAGACGGCUAGCCUGGCGGGGCCGGGGGGCGGCGCAGCAGACUCUUUUGUACCUGUACUGAUGAGGCUUUUUUAUACAUUUUCCAGAACUUUUUACGAAGAUCUGAGCUUGUUGAAAAAGCAUGUCGGCCUGAGACUUUUUAGGUUCUAUAAAAUUUGUAUGGCAAAUUUUACUAUGCACCUGUAUGGGGUUGUAAUCCUGUCAGGCUAUAAACUGACCUAUUUAAACUUUCAGUGAAAGUUGGACCACAAACAUAUGUCAAUACUGUAUGUUGUUGUGCAGAACAUGAAUGAAAUUGUGUAUAUACGUUCUCUCUGCUUUGGUGUUCAUCUUUUAAGUAUAGAUAUUCUUUUAGUAUGAAUUUAGAAGAAUGGGUUAUAAAGAAAACCAAAGUGGGAUAACUCCAUUUGGAACACAUUUUUUCAUGCUGCUUUUUUAAGAAAAAAUAAACCGGUGUGUUUUGCCAAGUGGCAGCUACUUCAAGCUAACUAUGUUACAGUAAGUGGCUUUUAGGCAUGCAGCAGAGACUUGUAUAGUGUAAAUUGAAGUGCUAUGUAGUGGAGUUCUACUGUGUACUGUAUAUUGGAAUCUCUUCAGAACCUUAAACUUAGUAUUUUUGCUACACAUUCAACAGUAGGUGUAGGAGUGAUUUUUAGUAGACUGCUUUGUUCUUGGACUUGCCUAAAAUGCUUCCGUAUGUAUUUUUUUUUCCUGUCCUUUGUAUUUAUCUUAAUUUUGCCACAUUUGGGGAGGAAAGCAGUUGCUUUUAUUAAGCUGUGAUAAACCUUUUGCUGGCAAAAACAACACGAAAGAUGUAUUAAGUGGUAUCUUGCAUGCAGCUGUACAUUACACAUUGUUACAAAAGUGAAAAUAACAGAACCAUGACUAAAAGGUUUAUUAACAGAAGUGAAACUAAUAAAUUAACCUGAAAGAAGAAAUUCAGUAUGAUGUUAGUCUGAUGGAGCGUUGCUUUUAGUGUGAAUGCCUCGGCUCUCUCUCUCAAUAUGCUUAUUGUUAUUUUUGUAGUUAUGAACUACAAAGAGGUAUGGAAAGAAAGAAUGAAUGGAAAGAAAGAUUAGUUCUGUCAAUAAACCUGACAGGCCCCUUAUACAACUUUGCUGAAAAUA